AUGAGUUUAUCUUCUUUAAUGUUUAAUCACGAUAAAGAUGGUGAUAUUAGAAGACUUGAAACGGAAUUGACAAGUAAACAAAAGGAAAUUGACACACUUAACAAAGAUAAACAAAAUUUUAUAGAUGAUAUUAAACAAUUACAAAAAACACAAAUAUUCAAUGAAAACACAAUUUGCAAAAAAUCUAAAGAAAUUCAACAAACUGUAAAUGAUUUAAAUGAAAUACUAGGAGAUUUGAAAAAGAGUUGUGAUUUAGUUGAGCAGUUGAACAAAGAAAUUGAAAAACUGAAAGAAGAGACCGAAAGUCUCAAGUCUCAGCUUCAAUCCGAAAAAGACCGAGCUGAUGGUCUUGACAAGAAGUUGACAGAUGAAAAAACGCGAACUGAUGACCUUGACAAAAAACUCCAAUCCGAAAAAGACCGAGCUGAUGAAAACACAACAAAGUACACAAGUGAAAAAGAUCGAGCUGAUGGUCUUGAUAAAGUUUUAACAAGUGAAAGAACAAAUUUUAAAUUUGAAAAAAUGCAAUUGGAAAAAAGAAACAAAGAUUAUGAAGAAACAAUUGAUGGAAAAUCCAAAGAAAUUCAACAAAUUCAAAAUGAUUUGAUUAAAACGAAAGAAGAUUUAAAGGAGAGUAAUAAUUUAGUUGAGCAGUUGAAAAAAGAAAUCAAAAAACUUACAGAAGAAAUUGAAAAAAUAAAAAAAGAAAACCAUUCUUGGUCUAUUUUUUCCAACAAAAAUAAAAAAGAGAUUGAAAAAAUGAAAGAAGAGAUUGAAAAUCUCAAGUCUCAACUCCAAUCCGAAAAAGAUAGAGCUGAUGAUCUUGACAAGAAGUUGACAGAUGAAAAAGACCGAGCUGAUGAUAUUGAUAAAGUUUUAACAUGUAAAAUAAACAAGUUAAAAACUGAAAAAGUGCAAUUGGAAGAAAAAGACAAAACGCUUGAAAAAAGAAACAAAAAUCUUGAAGAUAUAAUUAAACAACAUCAAAAUAGUUGUAAAAGUUUUGUGGAAAGUUCAAAUGUAAUCGUUCAAAAAAUGAAAGACGAAAUCACUCAAAUCACAAACGAAAAAAAUGAAUUGAAUAUCAAGAACUCGGAAUUGGUGUUAGAAAAUACAGAUUUAAGGAAAGGUUUUAAUGACUCGAUUUCUAAAAUUGAGCAACAACAAAAUAAAGAAAAUGAGUGGAAAAAGAAUUUUAUUGUUCUAAACAAUCAACAACUCGAAGAUUCAAGGAAUAAAGAAAAAAGAAUAACAUCACUUGAAAAUGAUAACAACGAGUUGGAAAAGAAACAUGAAGGGGUAUUAAAACAAGUCGAAGAAUUAGAAAGAAUUAAAGAUAACUACAUUAAUGCUAACACAGAUAUCGAAGAAAGGCUCAACAAAAACGAAAAGAAAAUGAAAGAGAUGAAAUCUGAGAGAGAUUGUGAUAAGUCCACAAUCACCAAACUUGAGAAAGAGAACAAGGAGUGUCUUAUAAAAGUUGAAACGUUAGAAAGAGAGGUAGAAGUAUAUAAACAGAAAGUCAAAGAAAGUCAAGAAGAGUUGGAAACUGUUAAAGAAACACAAUCACAACAAUCACACACUAAAGAAAAUGUGAUUGAAAAAGAGAAAGAAGAAAUCACCCGACUUGAGAUACCAAUGGCUAUGUUCCACUUUGGCGGAACGUUUACACAUAUAAUAGGCGAAAAACCCGUAGAAAUGACAAUAGAAGCCGGCACUGCUGAGCCGCACACAAUUACCUAUGAGAAAGACGGAGUUCAACAUACAUUCCAAAUAAGUUCGCAAAAGGUCGAAGGCACAGAGAAACGUGGAUUCGACUUGAUAAAAACCGUGUGGGUAGAAAAACAGUAUGUCGGACAGUCAGUAACAAUACCAAUUAACAUCGAUAUCUUAAGCGAGAAUUACAAUGUCCCCAUUGUUGUGCCUGAUACACCGACUUCAUUCAAUUUGGGAGAGUUGGGAUUCUUCAAUAAAGAAACACAGAAGAGGGGAAACCUGGUUAUGGUCUUAGAAAUCGUGUAA